AUGCGCUUCCUCCACAUUGGGCCCAUCUCCAGGGCCCCGACCCAGACUCCCCGCCCGAUAAACCCCAGAUCUUUGCUCCGACGGCCGCAACCCCGACACAACUCCCACUCCGCCGGGAAUGGACCCAAGAACAAGAGACAAGUCGAGCAGCCUCCUUCAAAGAAUGCGGAAACACCCGCACAACCGCCUGCUGGCGCACUCGUACGAUCUCGCGGACUUCGCAAUGUCAUAAUGGCUGGACCGGUUGGGAAGUUUGGGCGGUGGUAUGCGCGCGCCCAAGAGCGCAAGCCGUAUGCGACUCAACUGUGGAGCUCGAUUAUCAUUUACUUGUGUGGUGAUCUGAGUGCACAGUUAAUGUUCCCUGCCGAGGUACCGGUGUCUGGGAAGGAGGGCGCGGAGGAGAUUGAGGGAGAGCAAGAGACCGUCACAGCUGGAUAUGAUCCGUAUCGAACUUUACGGCAUCUCUGUGUGGGUGUUGGGUCCAGUAUCCCAUCAUAUAAAUGGUUUGCAUUCCUCAGCAACAACUUCAACUAUUCUAGCAAGAUUCUCUCGAUCUUGACCAAGGUCGUUGUGCAACAGACGUUCUUCACUCCCGUUUUCAACACAUAUUUCUUCAGUGUGCAUUCGCUCCUUGCAGGCGCAACACUGGACGAAACGUGGGAGCGAUUGAAGAAGGCUUUGCCCGUCAGCAUCCAAAACAGCGUGAAGCUCUGGCCUGCUGUCACUGCCUUUAGCUUCAUGUAUGUUCCGGCGCAGUUCCGCAACGUGUUCUCAGGUUGUAUUGCUGUUGGCUGGCAGACGUAUCUCAGUUGGCUGAACCAGAAAGCGGCCAAGGAGGUAUUGGCUGCAGAGCAGCUAGCUGCCGCAGAGGAGAGGAACCAAGGGGCACUGCAUACUGUUUCCAGUGGGAAAUUGGUUACUGCAGCGGCAUGA